UGAAAUUGGCCCUCUCUUUUCUUAAUCGCGUAGUGCCACCCAUUUCCAGAGAGGACACAGCCUUUUCUUUCUUCCUCUUUCUCUCUUACUCAUUCGUUUUUUUUUCCUUCUUCUGAUUCAAAUUUAUUUGUUUCUUCUCUCUGAAAACGUUUUUUUUUUUGUUUGCUCUUCUUUUUGGUAGUUUCUGUUUUUGUUAAGCUGAGUUUGAGGAGUGUGAGUGAUUUGAAUUUUGUCUGAUUUUCCGGGAUAAAAGAGCGUCGUCGGAGAUAGGCGACGGAUAUUUUGGACUUAUCGUCGCCGAAAAGAAGCGAGUUUUUGAAUUUGAAAAGGUGGUUGGCAUUUUGGUAAUCGGUGGAUCUGAGUUUGGGAUGUGGUGGAUGAUGGGAGAAGCUGGUGGGCAUUACUGUUCUAAGAAGACUGAUGAUAUCUGCGGCGGUGUUUGUAGUCAGGAACCUGGAAGAUUCUUCAGCUUUUCUAGACUUUGUUGUGCUCUUCGUGGUGUUGAUAUGAAGACUUAUAUCUUCUUAUUAGUGAUUGUUCCCACAUGUGUACUCGCUGGCUAUGUCCACGGUCAGAAGAUUUCUUACUUUCUCCGGCCUUUAUGGGAAUCACCACCUAAACCUUUUCAUGACAUUCCUCAUUACUACCACGAGAACGCUUCUAUGGAGACUCUUUGUAAACUCCAUGGCUGGGGUGUUCGAGACUACCCUAGACGAGUUUAUGAUGCGGUUUUGUUCAGUAACGAGCUUGAUAUCCUCGCUGUUCGUUGGAGAGAAUUGUUUCCUUACAUCACUCAGUUUGUCCUCCUUGAAUCAAACACGACGUUCACUGGCUUGCCUAAGCCUCUUGUCUUUGCUGCUCACCGAGAUGAGUUCAAGUUUAUUGAGUCACGCUUGACUUAUGGUACUGUUGGUGGAAGAUUUGUCAAAGGGCAGAAUCCGUUUUACGAAGAGGCGUAUCAGCGGGUAGCUCUUGAUCAGCUUCUGAGAAUCGCUGGGAUUACUGAUGAUGACUUGUUGUUAAUGUCUGAUGUCGAUGAGAUUCCAAGUAGACACACCAUUAACCUUUUGAGAUGGUGCGAUGAGAUCCCGAAGAUACUUCAUCUGCGCCUCAAGAACUAUCUUUACUCGUUUGAAUUCCUUGUUGAUAACAAAAGCUGGAGAGCUUCCAUCCACAGAUAUGAGACGGGUAAGACACGGUAUGCUCAUUAUCGACAGUCUGAUGAAAUCUUGGCGGAUGCAGGAUGGCAUUGUAGCUUUUGCUUCCGACGAAUCAGUGAGUUUAUAUUCAAGAUGAAAGCUUAUAGCCAUAAUGACAGAGUGAGGUUUGGUCAUUUCUUGAAUCCUAAGAGAGUUCAAAGAGUUAUAUGCAAAGGAGCUGAUCUUUUCGAUAUGCUCCCUGAAGAGUAUACCUUCAAGGAGAUAAUAGGAAAAAUGGGUCCAAUCCCGCAUUCUUUCUCAGCUGUUCAUCUUCCUUCGUAUCUCCUGGAAAACGCGGAUAAGUACAGAUUUCUCUUGCCGGGAAAUUGCAUAAGAGAAAGCGAAUGAUCGUUCGAAUCUUCACCACAUAGAGUCUUACUUCUCAUUCAUCUUAAGACCUCUACAUUGAGAGGAAACAAAGGCUGGCUUGAAUCCUCCUCGGGACUAAUAACACUUACACAACUGAUAUAUAAUCUCUGCAAUUUUGUCUGAGGCGUAUCGGUGUCGGUGAAUGCUGCAGAGUUUUUCAUCAGGCACUUCGAGAGGAUUAUUAAAGGGUGAAAGAUUAUUGUAUAUAGAUAGACCUCUUUGUUUCUUCAGGAUUCUGAUUUCGCAUCAGGCAUGAAAACCUUCAUUCUCUGUGACUGUGCAUCAUCAAACAUGAGUUUCUAUUCUUCUGAGUUUCCCCUUUAGGGAAGUUUUGCAUCAAGACACUCUUUACUUACCCUUUUUUGUACAUCUCUUUCUCUCUUGAUUUCAGUGGGUUUGUUAAGUAUACGAGGAUUGUUGUUUUUCAUGUAUUCGUUAUUAAGAGAAUUGUUCUCAUAUAUAAAGCUUCCUUGUUAAUGAGUAAAUGAGAAAUUUCCAAAAAUUGUAAGUACUCUUCAUGGAAAAGGGA